AUGGUACGAGAACUUACUGCCUUCGAUCAGGAAUGGCACCGGAACAACAAAUUGAAUCUGCUACCUGCCCCUGCAAGGACGUCCACACGUACCAUGGAUACAGCAAAGGCGCCGGAAUCGAAGCCGACUCGAGCCACACCUGCUCUGUUUACCCAAACCACGUUCCUCCCCAAGCCAACGAUGCUGGAGCGCGUAAAGACCGCAGUCCCAGCGUCCUCAGGAAACUGUUUCAAGUGUGGCAAGCCCGGCCAUUUUCAGGACAAAUGCCCCCUUAACGCUACUACCUUGUUGACUGUUAGGGUGCGACAGUUCGAAAAUGCGGCAUCGGUUGACACGGAUUUCGUCAGCAAUAUCCCGCAAUAUACAGUGACUAGGAGCAUAUCCACUAAUUGUUAG